AUGUCUCCUCCCGCCGCCAUCUUCGAUUCCCCUGCCCCGGCCGUUCUUGGCAAUGGUACAGACCUUAAGAAAGGCCUUGCUGUCAAGGCUGCCGCUGUGGGCCAUGAUGGUCAGGCCAAGACUCUGGCCGAAUUCGAGAGCAACUGGGACAACUUCACCUUUGCUCCCAUCCGUGAGAGCCAGGUAUCCAGGGCCAUGACCCGCCGCUACUUCAAGGACCUCGACACGUACGCCGAGUCUGACAUUGUCAUUGUCGGCGCGGGAUCGUGUGGUCUGUCCACAGCCUUCGUGCUCGCGUCCAAGCGUCCCGACCUUAAAAUCGCCAUCAUCGAGGCCGGUGUCGCCCCUGGUGGAGGUGCUUGGCUCGGCGGUCAGCUCUUCAGCGCCAUGAUUAUGCGCAAGCCUGCUCACCUGUUCCUCAACGAGCUUGGUGUGCCGUACGAGGAUGAUGGCGACUGGGUCACCGUCAAGCACGCGGCGCUGUUCACAUCGACUCUUUUGAGCAAGGUGCUGCAGUUCCCCAACGUCAAGCUUUUCAACGCCACUACCGUUGAGGACUUGAUCACCCGCCCUGCCCCCACGAGGGAAGAUGCCAAUGCAGUCCGCAUUGCUGGUGUUGUCACCAAUUGGACUCUGGUCUCUAUGCACCACGACGACCAGUCCUGCAUGGACCCCAACACCAUCAAUGCGCCCCUGGUCGUCUCUACCACCGGUCACGACGGGCCAUUCGGUGCCUUCAGCGUCAGGCGUCUUGUCAGUAUGCAGCAGAUCGAGAAGCUCGGUGGCAUGCGUGGUCUUGACAUGCGUACUGCCGAGGAUGCCAUUGUUAAGCGCACCCGUGAGAUUGUGCCUGGCCUGAUUGUGGGUGGCAUGGAGCUCAGUGAGGUCGAUGGAGCGAACCGCAUGGGACCUACAUUCGGCGCCAUGGCACUCAGUGGUGUCAAGGCUGCCGAGGAGGCUCUCAAUGUGUGGGACGAGAGGAGCGCUCAGAACGCCGAGUAA